AGGUCAUUUGCAAUACUGACAAUCUGAGGUCACAUUUGGAUUAAAUUUCAAUGUACGCUUUAAGUUUAAGGUUGUCUUGGCUCGUAGGAUCUUCAUUUUACCUGCAAAUCUCACCUCACUUUAAAUGCACAGUUGAAUGCGCUAAAAUGAAUUCUAAAAGACUAAUUUCAGCUCCAUGUGCAGUGAACAGGAGGCGUCGUGAGCAAAAUUCUGUGGCAUAUUUGAGACGGCAGCUGUCCAUCUGUUAAUUCCCUGCCUUUCCUUAAACUCUUCCAAACUGGGCUUCCCGCCUGUGUUGGUGGUUUUAGCGGUGGGGACUGUGUAUGCUGACCUACACCCUGAUGGAACAGGCCUGGAGGUGGGUGACAUUACACUAAAAACGCACCCACUCACCUCACAUCGAAGUCAUCUGCAUAAAGAUUUUUUUUUUUUUAAUUAAAAAACAUCACCUCUCUCUGUGCAUAUGCAUUAUGCAAAUAGUGUCAUCAGGUCCUCUAUGUGCCCGGAGGUGAAGCAGAGGAGAAAGCAGACUUCAGGUUGUGGGUGUGGAGAAGCAUAGUUAUAACUGUGCAUUAAUAUUAAUAGGGUGACGUCGUGGGAGGCUACCACGAGGGAGAUCAAACUGACUGGCGAUAUUUUCGCUUUAAAUUAUGUUGAUUUUUCUAAAGUAUGAUAUUGUUGAUUGUCUCGCGAUGCACCGUCCAUGGAGAGGUAUGGAUAUUGUAAUGAUCUCCUCAUAAUGUUAUUCUCAUUUUCAGUGGUCGUUUGCCUGUUCCGGUCAGACUUUAAGUUUAUGGUUUAUCCAACUUUCUAUUCACCUAUUUUUUAUUUUAUUUCUAUUUUUUUGUGGUGGGAAGUAGAAAUAAGACACCUGCUAGAAGUAAAAAAGCAAAGCUGAUCUCACCAGGUGAAAAUAUCCCCUCCAAUGAAGAGCAGCCCAAGACUCGGCAGAAGGAAAGUUGGGAUCUCCAUUCCGCACGCUUUGUGGUAAAUAAUUGAGGGUAAAAAGAAAAAAAAAAAAGUUUCCCGGAAUGGAAAUCGACGACAAAAGCCCACCGCCAAGAGCUUUAUUUCAGCGCGCUCUCCUCGUGAUCCGGCGCUGUCGAGAACAAAGUAGAGUGUGGUGGUGCUGAUGCAGUUGAGGAUGAUGGUGGUGGUGGUGGUGGUGAUGAUGACCCCAUGGUCAUGCUCCCCAAUUCCUCCGCGUCCAGGAGCGCACAAGAGCAGAGCGCACCGAGGAAAAGAAAAACUCCCGAUCCGACCGCAACAACGAGCCGAUCCAACGCUGCCGCCGCCGCCGCCGUCUGUCCGCCGGCAACAGAGCAGAGAGAGGGGGGGGUGAGAUGGAGGGAUGGAGAGAGAGUCACUAAUCUGUCAAUUUCCUCCGUUGCUUGGCUUCUAAGCGUCAGAUUCAAUCUGGCCAGGGGAGGGAGGGGCCACGAACACUAUAUUAUAUAAUGUUAAACACAUUCGAAUCAACCCAUUAGGUAAUUACUGUCUCCAAUAAAGUCGUAUUUCACUCUGGUGGAGAAGAAAAGCAUAGUGAGGGACCCAAUGGGGCCCAAAGGGUCACUCAGAGGUAAUUGAGUUGGUCUGGGGGACAGUAGCACUCCCCCCCCCACCCCCCACACACACCCCAGUAUCGGUUUCUGAUUCUGGGAAAGUGCUGUAAAUCUGAACUAUAUCUCUCAUCAAAUCCCACACAUUUAGGAUAUACUUUUGUUUUAUUUAUUUUUUAAACUAAUGUAAUAACUAAUGUAAUCUAUUUUCACUUUCAUUCACUUAGCCUGCCCCCCAAAAAUAGUAUGAAAACAUUUAUAUAAAUACCACAAACCAUUAUAUUCAAAACCAUUAUUCUUAAACUUGCUAAUACUUCUCCUAUACAGUGUUGUCAUCUGUUUUGAAAAAGUAAAAACAUCUGAGUGACGCACCUGCAGCUUGGCCUCAGACAAUUUCUGUUCACUGUCUCAUUUUGCUUUGACAAUUCAAAGUGUUGAUUGACUGUCUGCCGAGUACUGUGACUGUGUUCGCUUUAUUUUGACCCACUUUCGCCACAGCGUCUAUAUUCGGUUGAAAUGUGUCCGGGUCCUUUUCCAUGAGGUGCUCACAUUAUUUCGUCUCCCCAGUUUGAGGUCACCAAAUCCAAGAGGCCUCAACAAAGAUAUAUAAUAGAUUAUGAAGCAAAAGGAAAAACAAGGUAAAGUCAUAAACCCAUCUCCGCACGUUCAUUUUUCUAUGAAUUUCCAAGUGAAUUAUUUCACUAUAGAGAUAUGAGUCCCAGAGGUAAGCCUAAAUCUCCUUUCACAUUGAUUAAAAAAACAUAUAUAGGAUUGAUAGGAAAUGUAUCCUCCAUUCUAUCAAAAUGUGCAGGCUUUUAUUUUCUCCUUAUUAAAAGUAACCUCUUUUAUGUGCUGUGUGGAGAGUGCGUGUUGCAGGAGUGCACCUGCCCUGAUUUCUGCUGCCUCUCCCUGGGGAGCAGAGGCAGGCCUGGAGUCGGUGGUGGUGGUGGAUUCAAACCCCAGUCUCUCUCUCUCUCCCACCGGACCUUCCAGUUGGAUUUGCACUGCAAGCUCUUUUGAUAUAAGAUACCAGAAUACGGUGCACACUACAAUGCACUGCAUGGGACUUUAUUCUGUGUCUCUCCAACACCAUUUCUCAUUCCUUUUAUUCCUCUCACCCUCAUGUAUUCUCUUUCUCCAUCUCUAUCUGCUCUCCUCCAGUUGAUCCAUCCUUCAUGUUAGCUGGAGUCUUUGUAUCCCUCGCAGUGCCUUGCCUUUGUCUUUCCAACAAAGCAUGCCCUCUAUUAUACAUCACACUCUCACACACACAUACACUCAUACUUUUAUUUAUUCAGUCUCCCUCGGUGAUCCAAAAUAUUCAUGUAUCACAAGUUUUUAAUAUGUUACGACACACUUCUGUCCUUCUUCUUCUUCUCUUUCCUCUUCAACAUUAUGAUGAAUUGAGCUUUAGUGUGUCAAAUAAAAGAGAAUCUUUCCAGUAAAAAGCCCAUUGUGCCGGUGCAAUACUGAUCAACUACAAAUCAACGUCUUUUCCCGUGUAAAUCAGAUAGCAGCCUUGCAUGCUUGACAAAAGAUUUUGCAUAACUCACAGAUUUAUCAUUGUUCUUUCUGAACCAGCUGAGACAUUUUCUGCUGAGUCUGGCAUGACUGAUAUUAAUCAGAUGAAAUAAACUAGUGUUGGUGAAGGAAAUUAUAAAGAAGGUAACAGCAGACAGGAAGUUACAAAAUGCAAUUUUAAAGAAUCAUUUUAGAAGAACAACAGCAUUGUAGCCUUAUACUCAACCACUUAUUCCUACUCAAACAUAAGUAGGAGUGGCCCACAGUGUGAUUUUAAAAUAAUAAAAACUCUUUUAACGUCCUUUUGGGUCAUUUCAGUGGAUUUAUGGAUCAGAAUGACACGAUAUGUUGUCACCACAGUAGUCUUUCAUGUUCAUUUUUCUACCAGUAGGUUCCAGUUGAAAGUUCAUUUGACAGACGUCCUUAACAGUCGUCUCGAGGGACUGCAAGGCCUCGCCCCUUGCGUCCCGUCUCCUUGGAAACACUAACAAACAUGGCGGAGUAACUUUUGUAGUGAGAAAAAGUAAUUUUGAGAAGAUGUCUUACCAAGAGGUGGAAACCCUAGACAAGCGAGGUGAAAUGGACGUCGAAGACAGGGACAGUCCAUUUGAUGUGGCGCCAGACAGAUAUGGACUGCUGAGUGUCCACCUCAGCACUGAUGAGGACAGCGAUGAAGAUGCUCCGGACCAGGAGACCUUUAACGAUGAAGAGCCAGCCCUUCCUCCUCCUGAUUUGAAGUGGUUAGAAGAGUUGUAUGAAGAUGACCAUGGUGAUGUUGACCGUGAUGGUGACCUUGCGGUUGCGGCCGUGAAUGGUAAGAAGAGGCGUUGUGCCGAGACAGCACGGAUGUUCAAGCUGAGACGAAACCUGGACCAGCUGGACCGCUUUCACAGACAGGAGGAGGAUGACGUGCUGAAAGCCAGAGAAGAGCUUCAACUCUGUCGUCAGAACAUUGGAAGUUUGGUGGAGGACAGGGAGAACUUGGAGGACGAGAUAGAGCGACAGAGAGCAGCAGACAACAGUGUGGCAGUGUUUCGUUUGCGAGCCCAACACAAGUAUCUGUGUCAGAAGCUGCAGAGUGAGGAGGAGCUGGAGGGCUACAUCAACACUGGGCUGAAGCAUCAAGAACUGUUGCUGAGUGAGGUGGAGGUGGAGCUUGGCAGGUUCUCCUCGCUCCGGCAGGAGGUGCAGGAGGAGAAGCGGGUCUUCCAGGUCCUUCAGGACCAGAAGGCAGCGACAAGGCUGCAGCAGCAGAGCAAAGCCAACCAGCACCUGCAGUUCAAGAUGCAGCAUCACAGGGAUAAACAGGCAGCCAUGCUGAAGAAAGUGGAGGCUGAAUGUCAGAAGAAAAUUGAAGAGGGCCAGGCGAACCGCAAGAUAGCUGCCAAGUACCUGAAAGAGACCAUUAAAAGGAUGCACCGGCAAGAGGCUGAGAAGGAGCAGCAGAGCAGGGAGCUACUGGAAAAGAGGAUACAGGCUGUCAAGUCACUGAAAUCUAACAUAGCAGCCACCCAAGAGAGCUUACAGGUCCAACAAAGCAGAGCCAAAGCGAGUGCCCAGAAGAAAGAGCAGCGACAGAGACAACUGAAAGAAUCUCUGGAGGCCCAAGGAAUCAACAGUAUCAAGCAUAUGUACCAACAGAAACAACUAGAGGAGAUAAAACGAAAACAAGCGGAAUUCGAGGAGAGGCAGAAGUCAAAGAGAGUGGAGAUCGUGGAAAAAAUGCUUCAGGAGGGACAGCAGGAAAAGAGCAGAAAGAGGCACCAGGCACUGCCGCCUAAGCCCUCGGCCACUGACAAGUUCCCAUCUCUGGGGAGAGCAAGAGAGAAGCUCCUGCGCUACCUGGAACCCGGGCCCCCAUCGGCCACCAAAGAGAGAGCCGCAAUCCAGUUGAGACAGCUCAGUGACAUCAGCAGCUCAUCGUCGGCCUCCUCUGAUGUUGAGGACCUGGAGGAAACCUUGCACCAGGAAGUGGACCGCCAGAGCCUUGCUGACAGCCUGGCUGAGCCUGAGUUCCCUGGGCUGUGGGACCAGAACUACAAGACUCUCCUGAAAGAGAAAACAACAUCGGUGCAGACAGACCUAAAGCAGGAAGAACCGGCAAUGGCCAGUGGAAAGCUAAACAUUCCUGCUAAAAAGGUUCAUGGGAAAGAGUUGAAAGGGCCUCCAUUCAUCAGCAAACCAGAGGUCAUCCUCUUCAAGGACUUUGAAGUUGGCACAAUGUAUAAGAAGACAGUUGUCCUGACUAACAUCAGCUACGUCACCAACCACUGCAAGCUCCUUGGGGUCUCCACCCAACUGAAGGAUUUCCUGUCUAUCAACUUUGAGUCUCCUGUUUCUUUAUCCACUGGGAUGUCCUGUGACAUGCAGGCUGUUUUUCAACCUCUGAUCAACGAGGACGUGGAAGGUGAGCUCCAGUUUGCGUCAGCAGUGGGUCGCUUCUCUGUGCCCGUCAGAUGCACCAUAAAGAAAUGUAAUCUGGAGGUAGACAGACAGUUCAUUGACUUCGGUUCGCACGUGGUGGGCCAGACUAUUUCAUGGACUAUCACCUUGACCAACAAGGGUGCACUACCCACCCUCUUCAGCCUGGACACCUCCACAUGUCUCAGUCCAGAAACCAGCCAGGCCCAGACGGCUUCCCAGGUCUCUGCCGACGCCUGCCGCCAGGAGAAAAGAAGUCAAAACACAACAUCUGACGACCAGAGCAGCCCUGUUUCCAUGGGCACCGGAGAACUCCAACCGAAGCAAGAGAGUCAGGAGCACCCAGAGGCUUCAGCUACAGGUCCAGAAGUUAUUCCUGAGACUUGUGUGUCCACCGAUGUGCAUGUCCAGAUGGACCAGAGCCACUCAGACUCCGGUGACAUAAGUCUAGGAAAUGUUAGAGAAGGGGAGAUUGGACCCUUUGAAAGCCUCAAACUGGAAGUUGUUUUCACUCCAACCAUUCCAGGAGAGGCCAAACUGGACUUCCACGUCAAAUUCUCUGACUUAACCUGCAAACCAAUACCCAUCCAGGCGAGGGGUGUCGCAGUCAGUGUCCCUGUAUGUGUGGUUCAGCCGUGCAUUGACCUGAAGAUCUGCAUGUUCGACCGCCUCUAUCAAGACAGUAUCAUGGUCCAAAGCAGAGCCAGCACAGCCCUGAAGCUGACCUUUGAGGUGUGCCCGGAAAUGAGGAAACACAUGGAGAUCCUUCCAAAGACGGGCUUCGUCCAGGCCCAAUCAAGCUUCAACGCCCAACUCAAGUUCCUGCCGAGAAGCUCCUUAUCCAAAGACGCCAAGAAGCUGUUUGACAGCGACACGGGAGUCCUGGAGGUUCCUAUGAUGGUUCAAGUGGCGGGCCAGGUGAAGCCGGUCCAUUUUACAGUCCACGCAGUUGUGACCUCCUCAGACCUGCAGUUCGACCGGACUGAGGUGGACUUCGGCUUCUGUUCCAUUCACCGGUCGGUCAAGAGCAGCGUUCGCCUCACCAACCUGUCCCUGCUGCCUCAGGACUUUGGCUUCCUGGGUGUUCCAGAGUUUAUUGAGCUCCAGCCUGAUGAUGGCUUUGGCACUCUGCUCCCACAAGAGACCCUGGAGAUAGAUCUGAUGUUCAGUGCCAACAAGGCCAAAGAGUACCAUUUCCAGCUCAGCUGCAAAUCAGGAAUUAACAGAGAUUUCCCUCUGUCAUGCCGAGCGGUGGGUGUCUGCCCUCCACUGCAGCUCUCCCAUUCUCUGGUUCAGUUUGGGGCCACAGCGGUAGGCGACCUCUCCACUGCCGUGCUUUACCUGAUCAACCUUCAAACCAACCAUAACCAGUCCAAACAACCAGUCCCUCCAGUGGUCAAGGACACCGUGGCUCCUGUAGCGCCCAGGCUGUUCUCCUUCAGCCUGCCCGAGGAUUCAGACAUCAGCAUCACUCCUUCAGCGGGCGGCCUUCUGCCCGGAGAGAGAUGUCUGGUCCAAGUGACGUUCAGACCCAGACUGUCAGACCAAGACAUCAAAGAGGAGGCGCUGCGUCUCCUCCAGCGAGCCAAGUCGCUCCGUGAGAAGGAGCUGGAGAGGAACAGACACGCUGAACACGAGGCUAAAAAGGAGGUCCCAGUGGAAACCGGUAAACAGAAGAAGACAUCUCUGACUCCAAAGAGCAGCAAGGCGUCAGAUGGCCCAAACUCAGACCAACUCACUGAAUCACCAAGUCCUGCCGACAUACAGCCAUGGUCAGAGCAGUAUGAGGAGGCCAGGGCCUCUCUGCUGUACGCCUUCACUCAACACUACAGGGAGUGCACCGUUCCCUGCUUCGUGUCGGACGGAGGCCCCCCAGAGGACGACCGACAGGCCCGGCCGGCAUGGAGUCCCUUCAACACGCUGUACUUGAAGCUGCAGUGUCCUGCUGUACAGCCUCCUCUAGUGCUCAUAUCCAACAAGGGAAAGAAUGUGGUCGACUUCCAUCAGCUGGCAGUGGGAGAAAAAGUGAUCAAGAGGUUUACAGUUCAGAACAUUUCGAGGGAAGCUUUGGAUCUGAGGCCGUCGGUGCUGGAUGUACACGGUCCUUUUUCCCUUCUGAAUGCUCUCAGACACAUCAGACCCGGAGAAAAACACACUCUGGUUCUGGCCUUCUGUCCAUCUCUGGAGAAAAAGUACUGCGAGAUUCUGGAGGUGUGCAGCCAGAAGAUGACACUGGAGAUGACUCUGUGUGGGGAGGGUCUGGUCCCUGCUGUCACCUCCUCCCACCCUGGAGGUCUCCUUGACUUUGGCUACGUGUUGGAGAAGGAGAGCACCUCGCACGUCCUGAAGCUGCAGAACAGCUCAGCGGUGGCCGUGGGUUUUCGGGUGCUGCUGGCCAGCCUCUCUCCCUCAAGGCCUCAGGGUGGAGCUGACAGUGUGGCCUUCCUGCUGCGGACUUACACAGACUCUCAGGUCCAGCCCACUGUGGGAACCCAGAACCACGGUGGGCUGAGUGUGUUCAGUGUGGUGCCAGCAGAGGGCAGCAUUGCUCCAGGACAGAGCCUGGACGUCGCCGUCACCUUUAAGCCCGACCACCCAUCUGUCAACUAUUCUGACAGACUGACCAUAGAGCUCAUGAAUAAGAGUAAAGUGUGUGUGGUGGAUCUGAAGGGCGCAGCUUCUUCACACAACAUGUAUCUGUUUGGAGGAGACCUGCUGUCGGUGCCCAUUGAAUCCCUCCUCCCUCCACUGAUAACCGGUCAACCUCACCUCACAGCUGAGUCAGAGCUGAUGGAGAAGCCCACCAACCCUGCCCUGGUGACCCUGCGGGCCGGCUACAGCGCAGGAGUAUUCACACCUGCAGUGAGGGAGCUGCAGGUGGGCUGCAUCCGCUCCCCACAGUCCAUUAAGAAGAGUGGUGAGUUUCACUGGGAUAACGUGGCGUCUCUGCAGCAGCUCGGCUUCAGUGUGGAGCCCAGUAAAGGCACCGUGGAGACGGGCCACAGACGCACCAUCACUGUCACAUGGACUCCCCACAGUGGAUACAAGCCCUAUGAGGUAGUGCAGACAUGUUUACCUCUUACCUUGAAGGGGAAUGAGACGAAUGUCUACAGAGUCACCCUGAUGGCUUUGGUCUCCACCACAGCUGACUGACCUCUACAGUGUCUGGAGUGGCUGGCCAGUGUGCAAUCUGCUCACACACACACACACACACUGAAAAAAAAGACAUGUGAUGUACUGUACAUUUAUGUGGCCAACAGUAACUGACAAAUUGAUUAUUUAUGAAUUUAAUCUAAUUAUUAAAGGUGGAAUUGAAGUAAGAAUUGUUCACAAAUCUGAUUUGAACCAUAUUAUUCUACAGUGACUGUACAGCUUCCAUGUUCCCCGGGUUAAGUUAUGUUACCGGCCCAUUUCUUUUCAUGCACUUUGCUGUAACUUAAUUCCACCACCAGGGGGUGUACAUAAUGCCAACUACGCAGCUGUGUCAUAUCAUGGUUAAGGGUGUGUCAGCUGAUGUAAGCAAGCAGAUGUAUACAGUAGGCUACAUACUGUAGCGCUGCUGGCACUAGUGGAAGGAGGGGGGGGAGGGGAUUUGCAAAGAUUGAUAUAGAUAAUUUAUGGUUAACCUUAGUUUGGGAUAAAGGCCACUUGUGUACAAUUAAAGCCUAUUGAUCAGGCAUAGACUGACAUAUUGGUUUAGCACAUCGGUGUUAAUAGCAGAAGUUGGUGCUGUACGCUUGAUUGCUCCAACAGUAAUAGUGGAAGUAUCAAUAAUAGAGGUACUAAACUUAGUAGUAGGCUGAUGAGUCAAAUUUCCAGCUCACAUGUCUAUUCAAAGUUGGUCUUGGAUGAAUGUUGUUAUUAGAUGAGGAAACAGUUGUGAAAGCAUUCGGGCCGUCACACUGGAACAGGUUCCGUGGCAGCCUCGUUGAAGGGUUUUAGAACUUGUAGACAAAACUUACUGGCCGAUAACUGAUUGUGAAUGAAGAUCUAAAUAGAUUUCACCUGAUUUUGAACAUUAGGGAGAUUACUUCGGUCGGUCGUACUCCCAUCCAGAAGACCCGUGGACUGGGCCCAGGCCAGUACUGAACCAGAUAGUUGCACUUACAAGUACCUGCCACUAGGAGCCCCCUAAUGUCCCCACUGGUCCUCCACUAGUUAUGGAAUUCAUGGAAUUUCAUGGAAUUUAAAGUGCUGUGGUGUAUUUGAAAUAGUGAAAGUGAGGGAAGUUGACCUUCCACUCUGGGGAAAGUCACGCAUUAUCAGCGUAUAUUAUCAAAUACACGCUGUGUAUUUGAUAAUACAUAAACUCUUUUUAGCAACUAGUUUAGUAACAAUAUUCUGCACAAAAUGUGAAAACAUACCUGCACAGUUGUUUACAGUUCUUUUAUUCUAAAUGAACUUUCAAAAAUGUUCUUUCUAUACAGCUCACUGGAUAACAUUUGUUUUAAAAAAGACAGGAAUUAAAUAAACUUUAGUAAAGGAGGUAUGUUUUGAGUAUCUGAUACUACUGAAAUGUAGUGUUUCUAGAUUUUUUUUAAAUAUUUAUUUCUUUAUGUUAACAUAAUUUAAAGAAAACAUUUCAUUUCCUUGGGGUGUUUUAUAUGCACUGUGUAUUAUAUAUGUUUGUUUUUUUAAAUAAAAUUAAACUUUUUGGUGCAAUGACAAAAUGUGUAAAAAGAUCAAAAGGUGACAAAUAUUUUGUCAAUGGUUAUGAAAUGUAUAAACUACUCCUUCAUAUAGGCUUAGACCUUUCUAAAGCUAAAACAAUAAAAAGGGGGCUUUGCACAGACCAAAAUGUAUUGAUAUUUAUUCAAACAUUAGACUCAGAUCCUGUGAUCGCUUUGCAUAUACAUAACUGUGUCGUGAAACAAUUCCAAUCACAUUGGACAUUUAGGUGAACAUUUCCCUUCAGAUUAUUUGAUAUAAUGAAUGAUCCAGUCCUCACAACAGUACCAACGGACAAUCUCUCUGAUCCAGAUCUUUUUUACAACAUUGCUCUGUCACAUUUUAAUUGCUCAUUCCAAAACUGGGCACUCACUUGCUAAUCUCCUGACGGGUGUCCAACUCUAUGUGAACCAGGCCCCUGUGCAUGUGAACAGCAGAUGUCAGUAAUGCCUCCAAACGGACCAAUAGGAUCUGACCUCUCUCAGAGAUACAUGCUGUAAGCAUUUAUCAGAGAUUGGAGGAGAUUAUGCUAAAUCAGAUUACUGUACCACAACCUGCCUAUAAAAAGCAAGGUCAUUAUGAGCUUAUCCUCGUGUAAUGUCACUCGUAUGAAACGUAUGAGAUCAUAUUAGGUAAUAUUUGUGUUGCCAUUUUGCCUCUUUUUUUCUAAUCUGAUUUUCUCCUCUGAUCUCUCGCUAAUACUGUGAGAUAGUGCUACUUACGAUCCCUGCUCUGUAUGUGUGUGUUUGUGUGUCUCUGGCCGCCUGAAUACAACCCACUGAGUUAGUGAAUGUGUCGUUAUAAAAUAAUGCAGGAGAUUAAAAAAAAGCUCAUAAAAAGUAAACCUUCUUGGAGGCCUCGUCCGUGUGAAGUAUUUCAAUUACACACAAUUACUAAUUAAACAUACAGAAGGCUGGUAUAUUCAUUAUUAUCAUGCCAUUGAUGCUAUAAAUAUAAUUAAGUCUUGUUUCUUACAGAAUAAAAUGGCCCAAUUGUUGAAAUCUCCUUUUUUUUAAUGGUUUGCCUCCCGACGACCAUCACUGUCUGACAUAGUUUGACUACUUUAUUUAGCGCAACUAAAUCAGAG